GAGUUUGAAAGGGAACCGGAUACCCUUCCGGUUCCGUUAGCCUAAUAAUUUUUAAUUUGGCCGAUAGGAUAAAAAAGGUCGACGCUUUAAAAACCCAGGCCUCUUCAUCUCGCCGGAGGAUUUUAGGAUUUUUGUCCGGUGGACACCCGGAGUCCUAACCAAUCUCCGCUCCGAUUCGCCGUGCUCUCCAUUCAUCCGAAGCGGACGGUGCCGCCGAAGAGAUGGCUCUCUUCCUGUACGCAGCCGCCCCCUUAACGUGGGAGAAGAGGUUUUCCGCUCCGUUGCUCGUCAUCUCGUCUUCCAGUUAUAAGCCUAAGAGGAAAAUAGGCACGCGUCUCGGAAGGAGAGCAAGAGUUAAUGCGGGAGUACAAGCUUUCUUUAAUCCCUUUGAAGACCAACCCGUCAUCAAAGAUGCUCUUAAGGAGCCGGUGGCCUUCAUGGGUGGGAUGUUUGCUGGUCUCUUGAGGCUUGAUUUGAAUGAGGAUCCGCUCAAGGAAUGGAUCACGAGGACUGUCGAUGCCUCUGGAAUUGCUGCCGAUGGGGAGAUCGUCCAAGAGGAACUGAAGCUGGAAGCUCAAGAAGAUGCUCCUCAGCAGAUUGAAAUCGAAUGAGGUCCACUUUUCUUCCUUUACCAUGCCAGGCUAUAUACUGUAAUAUAUUUCCGUUGCAUGAGAAUCUACUUGAGAUUCUUCUACGGAUAACAUUGGGUUUCAUUGUGGAAUUUCUUCUAUAAUAUUUAACUAUCAUGUUCUUCUUUCUUUUUUUUGUCUGUAUCCAUCAUUAGGCUUUUAUUUGCAAUCAUAUUGGCUGAUUUUAGUCAA